AUGUUAAAUCCGCGUAGUGCUGCUGUUGAAUUUCGAAAAAAAUGGCUUCAAUACAAUGCACCAAAUGCUGUUGACUACAAAUCUUUUUCACAUCUUCGUCUAAUUGAUUCGGAAAAAGGAUAUGAACGCCAAGGACGGUAUUUAUCACGUGUUUUCGGGACAAGUUGGUAUGAAUAUUGGGAAUUUUUGGAUGAUUACAUUGACUUAAGCUCUGAAGAUGGUUUGCUAGCUUUAGAAGAUUAUCUGUCUAAUUGUUCAUCACUGAACAUUGAUCAUCCAUUAAAAGAAACUACCAGUAAUGGGGAUUGCUUGGACAACAGUAAUAUUGAAGGUAGUACUCUAGCAAAUGUUUUGCAAGAUGUCAGUCAGACCGGCUGUACGCUCUCUUCAACAUUUUCACUUUUCAAUGAUAACAAUAACGAUGUAUUCGCUCCUGCAACACCUAUUAUCCGUGGAAAAUUAGUUCCUAAAAGCAACUCAACAAUUAACAGAGAAUUAUUUGCGUCAUCUAACCCUCAACGUUGGCUAUCUUAUCGUCAAGAUAAAGGUUGUAUUCAUGGAUUAAAUGAUAGUUUGGAAAAUAGCUCAGAGCAAACAAACUCAAAUGUUCAUUCUCAUGAGGAAAUGUCCGGUGAAAGAGACUUAUUAGACAAAUCUGUUGUUGUCAGUCCCAUUGUACAACUUCUGAAGCGUUUGACGUUUGUAAGUCCAAUGCGUUGGUUAAGAGCAGUUAAUCAAGUAGACGGAGAUGGCCAGAAGUCUUUAACGACAGACAACAUAAUCCCAAUUAGUGAUGCCAAUUCUACUACCAAUAAACUUGUUGGUUAUGUGUCUGAACUGAAAUUUUCAAACAAACGCAGAAUAUCGGCAUCAAGCAUUCAGAGCUUAGAUUCACCUUUAGAAAAGCCUGGUGGCAAGAAACACUCGCCCGGUAAAACAGAAACUAAACCAACAUCUGAAUUAACAACAAAACAAUUACCACACUACUUCACUAAUAUCUACAAAGCGUUGCCUGGAAAUGACGACGAGCUAAAAUAUUUUAACCCGCUUGAGUUGCCACUUCAAAAAUCUACACCAUCUCUUGUACUAUCCACGUCAAACAAUUCUAAAUUUAUAAAAUGUAUUCAAUUAACUGAAUACGUUCAAUCUUUUUUAAAUAAGUCCUCAUAA